AACUGUUAAUUGACAGUUGUUGGUUGUAACGUGUAGAUAAAUCCACGUAAAUUGCAUGCCUUUAAUCUGUCAAAACGAUACACGGGACAUAUUUCCAGUCAAAUGGCACCACAAUUGAAAAUUUCUCAAAAUUUAAUUGACAAAUUGGGCCAAGUCAAAUCAGAAUCAGCAGCAUGCCUGUAUGGAAUUAUGUAUGAUGGAAAUUUAUUGGUAGUUGGUUUAAAAUUAAUUCAUGAUGAAAUUCCGAAAGUUCCCAUCAGCUAUCCAACCGAGAUUGAUUUAUGUGGAGUGGUUGGGUUCGGUUCUGAAAAAGAUUUAAAUGAUACUGUAAUUGCAAAAAUUUUAAAGGAAGUGGAUAUAACCGAUAAUCCAUUGAUUAUAAACUGUCCUAUUGGAGAUAGUAGUGGAAUAAAUGUAUAUUUUAGAGUCCAUGAUCGUUUAGAGAACACAACAUAUGAAAUUGUUAGUGAAUCUGAUAUAUGGAAACAAUUUGUUCACCUACGUUUGAAGACUCGAUUAUUAUUAGUUUGUGAUUGUACUGCUGAAUCUAUUAAAAAUUCCUGUUCUGCAUUACAUAAGAAAUUUGUUUCCGGCCAAGUAUCAUUCCAUUUUCCAAAAGGUAAUGUGCAUUUAAUGGGAGCUGAUCCUGAAACUGGAUUAAGUGGUAUCACCGGUCAAGCAACAGUCGGUGAAUUGACUAGUGACUCUACCAUAAAGCAAGUAGAAGGAUCAAGUUCCAGAACCAAAAACAAAAAGACGAGUAAUACAAUUGAAAUUUUGGAUGUUGACAUGUUUUGGAAGCCAACAUUUGAGACCGCCCUGGAUGAUGCUACUAAGCAUGCACCAAUUAUAAAUCAUAAUAAAAAAAAAUUCAAAUGUCUACAAAUGCAUUUAAAAAUUGAUAUGUUGUCAUUGGUAUACAGACAAACAAAAGUUGUCAAUUUGUAUAAUAUUUUAAUUGAAAGUUUAUGCCGAAGUUUGAAAUUAAAUGAACAAAGUUUAUUAAAUCAAAUAACAAGAGACGAUUAUGAUGAUCCUGAGGAUCGAUUCAAUAACGAUUUAAUACCAUCAAUAAAGUUACCAACACCAUAUCAUUUCAUUCCAAAAGAUUGUGGACAUUUUAUAACGAUAUUUUAUCCAAAAGAUAUGCCUGAAUCUUUAUUAGAAAAUGAACGUAAAAUAUUACAUAUAUUAUUUGUUUUACCAUUAAAUCGUCCGAUGUUUCGACAAUCUAAUGCAUUUAUGUUUAACGAAGAUUAUACAUUUUCUGGUAAAUUAAUUAAUCCACAUGAUGGAAUACAUUCACAAGUAAAAGGUGGGGAAACGAGUUUAGUUCAAGGAAAAUACGUUUACUAUCAUUAUAUGCAAGAUAAUUUCAACGAUGAUGGUUGGGGCUGUGCAUAUCGAUCUUUACAAACUUUGUGCUCAUGGUUUUGGUUCCAAGGAUACUCAACAAAACCAGUACCAACCCAUAAAGAAAUCCAAGAAUUAUUAGUUGCCAUUGGUGAUAAACCAUCAUCUUUUAUCAAUUCGAGACAAUGGAUCGGUUCAACCGAAGUGAGUUUUUAUUUGGAUACGGCAUUGGGUAUACAAUCACGUAUCAUAAAUGUAAAUUCUGGUACAGAAAUUGCAAGUUUAGGUCCACAAUUAUCACAGCAUUUUAAAGUACAUGGCACUCCGAUUAUGAUUGGUGGAGGUGUCUUAGCACAUACGAUCAUUGGUGUUGAUUUUAAUAAAUAUACAGAUGAAAUAAAAUUUUUAAUAUUGGAUCCACAUUUUAAAGGCUCUGAUGAUGUUCAUCAAGUACAAAAUAAAGGUGGUUGUGCAUGGAAAGGUGUUGAUUUUUGGAAAAAAGGUGCUUAUUAUAAUUUGUGUUUACCACAAUUACCCAAUUUUAUAUAA